AUGAGCCAGUCUUACUUCCCAAGUGAGGGUUCAUCCCGAGAACCAUCAAAUGACGAGCCAAAUAACAACCCCGACGAUACAUCUCCUGCGCCGACCGACCCUCCAUCGUAUCGACCACAAUACAUGACGGUGGGCAGUGGAGGACAGCCUACGCAUGCUGCAGCCCUGAUGGAGCAAUUGGAGCGGGAUUCAGGCUAUGGCAGCAUGCCAGGCGAUGCACAGCAACGUGGUGGCGAGAUGCGCGCAUGGGAGGAUCAACUUCUACGAGACAGACCUACGCCGGCUCAUACUCCGCAGAUCGAUGGACGUCCCACGACCAUGUCAGAAACCGAGAAACGGGCACUCGCAAGCCAUGUCCAUCAACUCCACUACAACCAAAACCGCUUUGCAUUGGCCAAGGCAAUCGGUCAAACAGUGGAAUUGUUGAAACAACUACAAGAAAUGAAUGCGCAGUGGCCGGCGCAUUAUCCAUCGGUACAGCGCCCCGAAGAUGAUACCCAACCUAGCAGACCAGCCAUCACCCAGGCUCAGUCAACCAGAGAACAGGCCGAUUUGUCACGAGACAUGUUCCUCAAGAAUUUGGGACAGCCCCGACCAGGAUCACUGCGGAGGGCUGGUACUUCGCUCGGAGAAGACACAUCAGCAGAGUCGAGUGCGCAGGCUCAGCGUAGGUCAACUCCCGAGCCACGGUUGAUCACGCCACAGAUCGCCCAGGAGUUUUCCAUCCUCAAGCUGGAUCUCAAAGUCGGAGCUCUAUCACAGACGGAGCUUGUCCACUCUCUAGAGAAAAAGUCAAUCGCUUCGUUGCUUGACGGCAAGAUAAGCCAAAGUGUUCGACACCUGCUCGCUCUUCGGGACAGAAUAGAAGACAUUUCCAGCAAGGUUCUGAUCACUGGAGAUCUCAACGCCGGGAAGUCGACCUUUUGCAACGCUUUGUUACGGCGGAAGAUUCUCCCCGAAGAUCAGCAGCCCUGUACCAGCAUAUUCUGUGAAGUCCUCGAGGCGAAAGAAAACGGCGAUGUCGAGGAGGUACAUGCCGUUCACAAAGACUCGAUCUAUGACAGAAAUGAUGAAAGCACGUACGACAGUUAUUCCUUGCAGGAGUUGGAAAAGAUCGUGGUGGAUAAUGACAGGUAUAUGCAAUGCAAGGUCUACGUCAAGGACGUUCGGAGCAUCGACCAGUCGUUACUGAAGAACGGGGUGGUGGAUAUCUCAUUGAUUGACGCACCUGGGUUGAACUCUGAUUCAGUCAAGACUACUGCAGUAUUCGCUCGGCAAGAGGAGAUUGAUGUGGUUGUGUUCGUCGUCUCUGCCGCAAAUCACUUCACCCUCUCGGCGAAGGAAUUCAUCUGGCAAGCGGCACAGGAAAAGGCCUACAUUUUCAUGGUGGUCAACGGCUUCGACAACAUCCGAGACAAGCAACGGUGUCAGAAACUAAUCCUCGAGCAAUUGUCCAAACUGAGCCCUCAGACGUUCAAGGAGGCCCAGGAACUGGUACACUUCGUGUCCAGUAAUGCCAUCCCCAUGGCGCCUGUACCAUCAAGCGGACCAGAUGGUGGCGGUGGCGGAUCAGGUCCGUCCAGCCCUCCCGACGACGACGACGAUGAUGGAGAGGACCAUGGAAAGGGCAAAGGAAAAGACAAGGAGAAGAUCCAAGAUUUUGAGGUAUUGGAGGGAGCCCUCCGGAGGUUCGUCCUGGAGAAGAGAGCACGCUCGAAACUUACGCCAGCGAAGACUUACUUGAUGAACUGCCUGGGUGAUUUGAAUGUACUUGCCACGGUGAAUCGAGACGUCGCACAAGCGGAGCUCGACAGAGUGUCGCAAGAACUUUCCGACAUCGUGCCCGAGUUUGAAGAUCGACAGAAGCAGCGCGUGGCUAUUGCGGAGCAGCUCGAAAAGGAAAUCGACUCAACAUCCGCAGAUGUCUACAAUCAUACCCGAUCGACAUUGUCCCGUACCAUUGCCAACGUUGGCCAGGAAGAUCAUGGCAUUGAAUACCCAGGUCUGCUUUCGGCCUUUCAGUAUGCUGAGGACCUUCGAAUUGCCAUGCUCGACCAGAUCUCUGGCGCCGUUGCCAGCUGUGAAGUCUAUGCCAGGAGCAAAACUGUUGAAGGGGUCAGCAUGAUCAAGUCUCUGGGCCUAUUGCACGUGGGAGGCAGCUACGAGAAUCUCAACUUCCAAGCAGACAAGAUGUUUCAGCGACGCAAGGAUGCGCUGGUCCGCUCUGUUGACACGGACGUGGAGCUCUGGGACUUCUUUGAUGUGGCAGGUCUGUGGGAGCGACAGGAGAAGACGGUCGGGACUGGUCUGGCUCUUACGUUGGUUGGGACAGUGGGCUCCAGAGCUAUUGGCGGUGUGGGCUGGAUUGACGGUGCCUUUGGGGCAGCAAAGAUCAUGGGCAGUCGGAAUCUGAGAAGAAUGAUCGUGCCAGGUGUUGUUGCUGCUGCCAUUCUGACCGUGGCCUACGUUCUGUCCACCAUUCCUCAGACGCUGCCUCCCCGACUGGCAUCUAAAAUGUCGGCGACCCUGGCGCAAAUGGACUACACUCACAGCAAUGCUAAUCGCAUUGCCGGCGAGGUCCGAAGAGUGCUCCGCUACCCAGCACAACAGCUGACCACGGAUCUUACUCGCGGCGUCGAUGAACUGAAGCAGAAGAAAGAGAAUGUGAUCAAGGUCAAGCACGAGAGCGAAGUCGCACGGAAGUACUUUGGAAACUUGGUCCGAGAUUCUUCUGAAACGAGGCGGAGAGUUGCGGGUAUCGAUCUGGAAGGGCCCCCAGGAGCCAUCGGGGCUUAUGCGGGUUAA